CGCCAAGAUGUCCUGCUACGACCUGUGCCCCCCCAGGAGCAGCGCUGACCUGUGCCCCCCCAGGACCAGCGUGGCCGUGCCCCAGCCCAUCGCUGAGAGCUGCAACGAGCUGUGCGCCCGCCAGUGCCCCGACUCCUCGGCCUUGAUCCAGCCGCCGCCCGUGGUGGUCACCUUCCCCGGGCCCAUCCUCACCUCCUUCCCCCAGCAGGCCGUGGUGGGCUCCUCCGGAGCACCGGCCUUUGGCGGCUCCCUGGGGCUGGGCGGCCUCUACGGCACCGGCGCCACCCAGGCCUCGGGGGGCCUCUGCACCUUUGGCAGAGCCUACGCUGCUCCCGCCUGCAGCCCUUGCGCCCUGCCCCGCUACAGCAAGAAGCUCUGGGACACCUGCGGGCCCUGCUAG